AUGAGUGAAGGCGAGAAGGUCCGCGCCUCAGGCGAAACCCCCCGGGAGCAGUCUUUGCCCACCGUCAACCCCGCCGCCGAGAAAGAGCAAGCCAGAACUUCUUUCCACCCCGCGGUCUACGUGACUACCUGGAUUACUCUGAGUUCCGCGGUCAUCUUGUUCAACAAAUGGCUCCUCGACAGGAAGCAUUUCAGCUACCCCAUCAUCCUCACAACAUGGCACUUGACCUUCGCUACGCUAAUGACUCAGAUCCUCGCCCGCACCACAACUGUGUUGGAUGGCCGCAAGAAGGUCAAGAUGACCGGGCGUGUCUACCUCCGCGCCAUUGUCCCCAUCGGCGUGAUGUUCAGUCUGAGCUUGAUCUGCGGUAACAUGACCUACCUAUACCUGAGUGUUUCUUUCAUCCAAAUGCUGAAGGCCACUACCCCCGUCGCGGUUCUGAUGGCCACUUGGGGUAUGGGCCUGGCCCCGGCCAACAUGAAAGUUCUGGGCAAUGUCUCCAUUAUCGUGAUUGGUGUGGUCAUUGCCUCCAUUGGUGAGCUCCAGUUCAACCUGGUCGGUUUCCUCUUCCAGCUUGGUGGUAUUGUCUUCGAGGCUACCCGUCUGGUGAUGGUCCAGGGUCUGCUCAGCUCAGCAGACUUCAAGAUGGACCCUAUGGUUUCUCUGUACUACUUUGCCCCCAUCUGUGCCGUUCUCAACGGCGCUGUGGCCCUCUUCCUCGAGUUCCCCAGGGUUACCAUGGCAGAAAUCUACGAAGUCGGUGUUCCCGUCUUGAUCCUCAAUGCCGUCAUUGCGUUCCUUCUCAACGUCUCUGUCGUUUUCUUGAUUGGCAAGACUUCUUCUCUCGUCAUGACCCUGUGCGGUGUCCUCAAGGAUAUCCUGUUGGUUGUUGCCUCGGUCAUGUUCUUUAAUGACCCCGUCUCUGGCCAGCAGUACUUUGGUUACUCCAUCGCGCUGGCAGGUCUUGUCUGGUACAAGCUUGGCGGUGACAAGAUGCGCGAGUACACCUCGGGUGCGUCCCGUGCCUGGGCUGAGUACGGCAACAACAAGCCUGCCCAGCGUCGCUUGGUUGUUAUUGGUGCCGCCAUCCUCAUGUUCUUCCUUUUCAUUGGUUCCAUCGGCCCCGACUACACCACUGACAAGUAUGGCCACAUCAAGGAAUACCUAGGUACCACUACCUCUAGCAAUCCUGCCCCUGCCAAUGCUUAA